UAACAGUUAAGGCAGCCAUUACUGACCAGUUGUACGGCACUCAAGCAGGAAUACGUAAACCAUGAAGAAUAUGAGGGAAAAGGAGCAGUUCCGCAAACUAUUCAUUGGUGGCUUAAGCUUUGAAACAACAGAGGAAAGCUUGAGGAGUUACUAUGAGCAAUGGGGAAAGCUUACAGACUGUGUGGUAAUGAGGGAUCCUGCAAGCAAAAGAUCAAGAGGGUUUGGUUUUGUAACAUUCUCUUCCAUGGCUGAAGUUGAUGCAGCUAUGGCUGCAAGACCUCACACGAUUGAUGGAAGGGUGGUUGAGCCUAAGAGAGCUGUGGCUAGAGAGGAAUCUGGAAAACCUGGUGCUCAUGUUACUGUGAAAAAACUAUUUGUUGGUGGUAUUAAAGAGGACACUGAAGAGCACCACCUUCGUGACUACUUUGAGGAAUAUGGAAAAAUCGACACUAUUGAAAUCAUUACUGACAGACAGUCUGGUAAAAAGAGAGGGUUUGGAUUUGUUACAUUUGAUGACCAUGAUCCUGUGGAUAAAAUUGUAUUGCAGAAGUAUCACACCAUCAAUGGCCAUAAUGCAGAAGUAAGGAAAGCCCUCUCUAGACAGGAAAUGCAGGAAGUUCAGAAUUCUAGGAGUGGCAGAGGAGGAAACUUUGGUUUUGGUGAUGCACGUGGAGGUGGUGGCAACUUUGGUCCUGGACCUGGCAGCAAUUUCAGAGGGGGAGCUGAUGGAUAUGGAAGUGGCCGUGGAUUUGGUGACGGCUAUAAUGGAUAUGGUGGAGGACCUGGAGGUGGCAACUUUGGUGGCAGUCCUGGUUAUGGAGGAGGAAGAGGAGGAUAUGGUGGAGGAGGACCUGGAUAUGGCAACCAGGGUGGGGGCUAUGGAGGAGGUUAUGACAACUAUGGAGGAGGCAAUUACGGAAGUGGAAACUAUAAUGAUUUUGGAAACUACAACCAACAACCUUCAAAUUAUGGUCCAAUGAAGAGUGGAAAUUUUGGUGGCAGCAGGAACAUGGGGGGACCAUAUGGUGGAGGAAACUAUGGUCCAGGGGGCAGUGGAGGAAGUGGUGGAUAUGGAGGGAGGAGCCGUUACUGAGUUUCUGCAAGCAUGCCAUGGGCUUCACUGUAUAAAUAGGAGAGGAUGAGAGCCCAGAGGUAACAGAACAGCUUCAGGUUAUCGAAAUAACAAUGUUAAGGAAACACUUAUCUCAGUCAUGCAUAAAUAUGCAGUGAUAUGGCAGAAGACACCAGAGCAGAUGCAGAGAGCCAUUUUGUGAAUGGAUUUGGAUUAUUUAAUAACAUUACCUUACUGUGGAGGAAGGAUUGUAAAAAUGCCUUUGAGACAGUUUCUUAGCUUUUUAAUUGUUGUUUCUUUCUAGUGGUCUUUGUAAGUGUAGAAGCAUUCCUUUGAUAAUGUUAAAUUUGUAAGUUUCAGGUGACAUGUGAAACCUUUUUUAAGAUUUUUCUCAAAGUUUUGAAAAGCUAUUAGCCAGGAUCAUGGUGUAAUAAGACAUAACGUUUUCCUUUUAAAAAUUUAAGUGCGUGUGUAGAGUUAAGAAGCUGUUGUACAUUUAUGAUUUAAUAAAAUAAUUCUAAAGGAAA